AUGGGGAAUGAUCAAUCCCGUCAAAGUGCCGGUGACGGCGCUGAGCCCUCGCCUGUGGACUACUAUGAACUGCUCCAGGUCAGCGAGGAUGCCACUCCAGAGGACAUCAAACGAUCAUAUCGAAAGCUGGCACUGCUCACGCAUCCGGAUAAAUGCCCACCGGAAAAAGCGAUCGAAGCUACCAAGAUGUUCGCAGACUUGCAGCAGGCUUACGAGAUUCUUAUGGACCCAAAUGAGCGAGCAUUCUACGAUUCUCACCGGAAUCUUCCCAGUGGGGCUGUGGACAACGACUUGUAUGAGCAUGUUCGGUCCUCAGACGUCCAGAGGACCAGCAAAUUCGCGGGUCCAGGGAAGCCAGGUGUCCGCAUGGAGCAGCUCCUCCGGUUCUUCGACCCCAAGCUGGCGCGAAAAAUGGAUGAUUCUCCUGAGGGCUUCUACUCCGUUUACCGCUCUCUCUUCGAACUGAUUGCUACAGAUGAGAGAGAGAAUGCUACUGCGGCUGGUCAUGGACAGUGGGAGUAUCCAUCCUUCGGCGAUUCCAGUACCGUGUACGCGCCCCUUCCCGGGAUCACACGGGCCGAGAGAACCACACAAUUGUGGGUACGGGACUUUUACUCAGUCUGGGCCGAGUUUGUGACAGUGAAGAGCUUUGAAUGGGUCAAGAAAUGGGAUUUAGAUAAAGGUACCGACAGGAGCAUGCGUAGAUUAAUGGAAAAGGAGAAUAGAAAGCUUCGUGAGGAGUACAAGCGAGACUACAAUCAUACUAUUAAGCAACUGGUCUCGUUUCUUCAAGCGCGAGAUCCGCGAUAUAAGGAAUAUCGCAGCUCAUCUGCAAGGCGAAAGGAGGCGAGAGAUGCUCCCGAUCGACCUAGACGGACUGAGGACGGGCCCAGUCGAGAGGAUAUCCGACAGCAAGCUGCCGCGGAAUUUGAAGAGCAGGAUUGGCAAAAGAUCAACGACAUUCCGCUGUCGUCGGAAGAGGAUGAGGACCAAGUGGAUGCGCAACAAUUGCUCGAAUGUGUCGCUUGCGGGAAGACAUUCGCCAGCGAUGCAACAUGGAUGAACCAUGAAAGAAGCAAGCGUCACAAGCAGGCAGUCUUGAAACUGAGAAGGCAAAUGGAGGACGAGGCUCAUGAACUCGGUUUGCUUGACCAGUCGGGAGAGCACGAUGCUGCAGAACUAAACUCUUCGACCCACUUGUCUGGUGUCUCUAGUGGGGACUCUGGACUCAAUAUUUCUCAUAAGGAAAAUUAUGACGGUCAUAUGACUGCAGAGACGGAAUUUCUAGCCGCGCCUCCUGGAAGAAGUGACUCGACCUGGAACUUUGAUGCCAGUUCCUCUGCGACAACCAUGAAGCCGAAAGAUCAAGUCGAUCAAUCGCAGAAGGAGGUGGACUUUGAUGGUAGUUCCUCUGCGACAACCAUGCAGCCGAAAGACCAAGUCGAUCAAUCGCAGGAGAAGGUGGAGAAAGGCUCGGAAGGAAAGCGUGGCCGGAAGGGCGGCUCAGUGCGGUCUUCAGACAAGACUGACACGCACUCUGGCAGCAAAUCUCGUCAGCAGCAUUCGGCCGCAAGCCAGCCUGGUAAACAGUCUAUCAAACCGUCUAAUCCAAAACAGAGGAGCAAGGUUCUGCCUUUAUCGUCCGAGGCUACCGAACAGAAGUUUCAGAUCAUCAUAAACGAGAUUGAGACAAAGCGUGUAAAACUCACGGAGAAAUGGGGUGAUUCCUGGGCGAGUAAGUCUUACGUCAUGCUUAAAGCUGCUGUCGGAUCAUCCCCUCAAAUUCUGUGUUUGGGUCUCGGCAAGCCGGCCAGCGAUCGUACGGCUCAGAUCCAAUUGGCUUUGCUGCUGGUUUUGGCAUCUCGAAUCGCUGCAUUUGAUCCGGUUUGGGAUGAUCUCGACAAGAGGGUAUUGACCUAUUUUCAAGUGCCACAAAUAGAGGAGAAUCUUGAUGGCAAACAUGUGCUAGACGAUGAUCAAUCGUAUCUUCUGUACAUGCCUCAUUGUCCCAAAUCACUUUACCAGAACAUACUGGCAACAAACUUUGGACCUCGGUUGACGCAGGUUGGGCGCGUCCUACUUGGAAACAGUCUUACAGAAUACGUGGAGGAAAUUGGGCCCAAGAACGCAGCCACCCAGGAAGAUGCCUUCCAGAAACCAAAAAAGAAGCGACCAAGCCGUCCAAAUCCUGUGCCUAAGACUCGCAAAGACGGAGUCCUGGAGAGGAUUGUUCCUCAUCUUGAGACGCUCAGUCUCUCAGAGAUGCCAGACACUCAUUUGACUGGAUUUGCCCGCGCUUUCCUGAGUCUCAGCUUCCAAUGGCUCGACAAAGACAAGCAUGAUUCCUUGGACUGGAGCUCUCUGCCCUCUCCAAAGGGGGAGAGCGAGACUUGA